ACAAAAUCGUGAACGGAAUAUUAUUGGCGGCACCAUAAUUGUGGACUCCCAAAUGGUGUGUUCUAAAAUUUGAAGAUUUCAUUUCCAGAAAAUGAUUCUUAAUGACGUUUAUUUUGAUUUUGUUCUUCAUUAAAUUAUGAAAAUCGAAAUGAAUUAGCUGUCUUUCGCCGUUUCCCCAAGUUCUGAAAUGGAUCGCCCGCAAUCGAUUGAAACGUAAAUUUUGGUGGGAGAUUUCAAUAUCUUCAUCUUUUCGCUGGGGGAGGGUUUUGUCUUUGUAGCCACAAAAUGAGGAAGAAAUCUCUGGCGGCAAAAUCUGGGGGAAAUGCCGAAUUGAGCACAGAAGCAGCACACGAAAGCGCAAUGACGACCUCUGAAAGACCAGAAGCUACCAGUCCAUCCUUGAAGAAAGUAAAAUCACCAUUAGCGAGUCGAAGUUCUUCGAAAAAGAAAAUGAAUGGGUUCUCUGUUCGUCGAUCCGAACGUAUACAAAAUUCUAUGCCUCAAAACCUCAAAAUACAGAGUGUCAUUGAAGAGAUUACUCUUAGUGAAAGUGAUGGAGACGAUGAGUUGCCUACCGACCAUGAGAAAAGUACGCCACCGGCCGACGAAGAGAAUUACUGGCCAGAGUUAAUGAUGGAGGGAAGGAAAUUUGAAGGGAAAAUUGACUAUAUUGUAAAACUGCUUGAAUCACAUGGCCAUACCUUAGACUCAAUAAAGACUGAGGUUAUCAAAAGAUCGUGCCCGACCGAAACGACGGUACCUACACCUGAUAUGAACUACAAGAGCUUGUAUAUAGUAUCCCAGAAGAAGAUUGAAGAACUAGCUGAAGAAAAUCAAGUGCUUACUCUAAAAUUGGAAAAGGCUCUUGGCUUAUUUGAAGCAUACAAGAACGGGAAUCGUGAUGCAUUUGAAAUGUUGGAGAAGUUGAAGGAUGUCAUUUUGAUCUCGAAUAGUUUGAAAGUGUCGGAAUCAACUCAAGCUACGUCUCGAGCAGAGCUCAACAAGGUUACGUCUCUCAAUGUUCGUCCUUCAAGCAAGAAGAAGAAGACGUCUAAACAAAAUUGAACUUGAAAAUGGUUAUAACUCUUCUUUCCUUUUGUCAACUUAAGGGUAUGCAGCUUUUGUUAGACCAUACAAUACAAUGCAUGGAAAUGUGAAUGAAAGAUCUUAGAUUUGAAACUCA